UCCUCAGAGGCAGGAAAUACUUCCCAGGCAAUGUGGGCCUGCUUAUGGAGGCCCCUUUCACAAAACAUCAGUCUGAAUUUAGUAGACAGAAGUCACUAGGAACGCCUUGACAGACUCCCGCUUUAGCUAAGGCUCCCUCCAGCUGCGGAGGGUGUUUUUGUUAGAGUCACACGCUGUGUAAAACUGCUUAGAAUAGAGCCAUGAUCUCAACCACGAACUGUGAACUUAUAUUUUGGAGAAAGUAACGGGGACGGAUCUUUCCUAGCUGAGUGUUGAACAAUGUUACGCCUUGGCGGUUCAGCUGCUCCUUGUCUAGGUGACGAAAUGACAAAACUGACUCUCUUCUACAAUCAGUGAAUUUGAAGUGAUCUUUCAUCUAAUUCCAUCUUGCUUGUUCUCCUAUGAAGUAUAUCUCUGUAUCUGUUGUUAAACUAUGAUGACAUGUCUGUAGCUAUCAGAAAGAGAAGCUGGGAAGAACAUGUGGCCCAAUGGAUGGGACAGCCUUUUAAUUCUGAUGAUUAUAACAUAGCAUGUCACCAUGGACUAGUAGCUGACAGCUUGCAAGCAAGUAUGGAAAAAGAUGCAACUGUAAAUGUGGACCGCAAAGAGAAGUGUGUUUCACUACCAGACUGCUGUCAUGGAUCAGACUUGAAAAAUUUUCCUGAGAGGCCAAUGGGUCACACUUCAAUGGAAGUAGAUGAAAAUGACCGCCACAAAAAUGAAGAUCAGUUUUUUUCGCUGGAGGCUAGUACAGAAACACUAGUGCAUGUGUCUGAUGAGGAUACUGAUUCAGAUAUAUAUCCUACUGAUAAACAGAUUUUGACUACCCAAGGGCAUCAAACAUCAGACCAACAUAACACCAGAGGAGCAGGCUCCUUGGUAAAAACGCUGUCCAUCAUGGAAACUAACCAAGAUUCUUCUAAUUCUUGUGGAAUGGCUGGUGGAGUUGACUUAACACUGGCAAAAGAAAAGGGGGAGAGAAAAGUUGUUAACGUAGUAAGUAAAAGCCUGGAGCUUUGUAAUGAAAUAAGCUUAAGUGAAAUUAAAGAUGCAUCUGAAGGAAAUACAUGUGACUCUUUGCAUGUAGAAGAUAUUGUACCUGAUAAGCAGUUGUUUAAUUCUGCUUUGAUUACCCAGCAAAGGAAAAAAUCUGACUUCCCUAAAGAUGAACAUGAAAGAAACACCUGCAGUAUUGUACAAGAUAAGUUUUUGCCUAAUACUUACACAGACAGAGGACUACCAUCAUUAAAAGCAGAUCCUGGAAGUUGUCUUGUAUACCCUCCUCCCUGCCCCAGUGGAAUGUCAGCUGAAAAUGGCCUGGAGAAGAGUGGUUUCUCAGAACAUCAAAACAAAAGUUUUGCAAAGGUCAACUGUGGAGAUGGCAUGCAGUGUUUACACUUAAAGGAGAGUCUGGCCACCCAAGAACCCACAGACAACCAAGUCAGACUUCGCAAAAGAAAGGAAAUAAAAGAAGAUCGAGAUAGGGCGCGGCUGGAUUCCAUGGUGCUGCUAAUUAUGAAACUGGACCAACUCGAUCAGGACAUUGAGAAUGCUCUCAGCACCAGCUCCUCUCCAUCCAGCACCCCAACAAACCUGCGGCGCCAUGUUCCUGAUCUGGAGUCAGGAUCUGAGAGUGGAGCAGAUACUACCACAGUAAAGCAGACACAAAUAAAUUUGUCUUCUAACACUGAGUCUACUGACCUACCAUCUUCUACCACCAUAGUGGCCAGUUCUGGAACCAAACCCAAGACUAUGGGUAAAAAAGACAACUCCAUCACAGUGGUAGUGGUAGUCCUGAUUCCACAGAUUAAUUACACCCCUCAUCUUCUCAAAAUAGCAAUGAGAAAGACGAGGGGGAAAACAUCAGAGCAUAAGAACAGACAGCAUGGUACCAGCCUGCACAGCUAA